CCUCUUCACUACAUUGAUCAAAUAUAUAGUGAUUUACUCAUAUCCCAUCUAAUUGAUAAAAAUGAAGUUUAGGCCUCUUAACUUCCUAGCCUUUUUGCUUGUAGCGUUUCUUUUCACUGAUACGUUUGUUAGUGCUGAAAUAUACCAGAUCGAAGAACUAUCUGAAGCAGAUAUGCGUCAUGUUUUAGGCCGUUAUGGAGGAUAUGGCAAUUUUGAAGACAAGUGGGGUAAAGGAUAUGGCCAUCAUCAUGGAGGCGGAGGUCACAAAGGUGGACACGGUGGUCAACCAGGAGGAGGCGGAUAUGGCGGCCAACCUAGUGGAGGCGGAGCCCAACCAGGUGGAGAUGUAGGCCAGCCUGGUGGUCCUCAACCGGGAGGUAACGUAGGCCAACCAGGUGGAUAUGGUGGCCAACCUAGUACCGGUGGGGCGCAACCUGGAGGAUCACAACCGGGUGGUGAUGUAGGCCAGCCUGGUGGCUCUCAACCCGGAGGAUCACAACCGGGUGGAGAUGUAGGUCAGCCUGGUGGCACUCAACCUGGAAGAUCGCAACCUGGUGGAGAUGUAGGUCAGCCUAGUGGCACUCAGCCAGGAAGAUCACAACCUGGUGGAGAUGUAGGUCAGCCUGGUGGCACUCAACCAGGUGGUUAUGGUGGUCAACCAGGUACUGGUGGCGCUCAACCGGGUGGUAAUAUUGGACAACCUGGUGGAUCGCAACCUAGUGGUAGUACAGGAAAACCUGGUUGUGAUCAGUCAGGAGGAUAUGGUGGUCAACCCGGUUCUUGUGGCUCUCAAUCAGGUGGAGAUGUCGGUGGUUCUCAACCAGGUGGUGGAAGUGCUCAACCAGGUGUAGAUGUAGGCCAACCUGGUGGAUCGCAACCUGGUAGUGGUGUAGGUAAACCUGGUGAUGAUCAAUCUGGAGGAUAUGGUGGUCAACCCAGUACCGGUGGUGCUCAACCAGGUGGAGAUGUUGGUGGUUCACAACACGGAGGAGGUUGUGCGCAACCAAGUGAAAGUUGUGCCCAACCAGGUGGAGAUGUAGGCCAACCAGGCAAAUCUGGUCCUCAAACGGGUGGAGAUGUUGGACAACCAGGUAUUGGCGGUCAACCGGGUGCAGAUGCGGGUGGUCAACCUGGCGGUUCACAACCUGGAGGAUCACAACCGGGUGGAGAUGUAGGUCAACCAAGUGGAUAUGGAGCUCAACCAAGUACUACUGUACCUCAACCAAGUCAAUCUAGCGGAUACGGUGGUCAACCAACUGGUCCUCAACCAAUUCAACAAGGUGGAUAUGGUGGCCAAUCAAGUACAGGUGGUGAUGUAGGUCUGGCUAGUGGUGGUUAUGGUAGUCCACCAGGUUUAGGUGGUGCUAAACCAGGCGGUGGUUAUUAA